AUGCCUGGCUUCAAGAUGACCGUUUUGACCGGCCUCGUUGCCGUUUUGGGCGUCGUCGUAACUGGUGGCGUCGCUGAGUCGGGCGGCGCUCUUCUCGUCUCGAUGAACUACUGCUCCGUCGUCGUGAACACACAGUGCCAAGUCUCUGUCAUGACAUCAGCUCCUGGUUCGGGCCCUGCUUCUGCCCCCGGUUCGGGUCCUGGAUCGAGUCGUUCUGCUGCUGGCUCGGCUCCUCCCCAGGCCGCUUCCGUUGAUGCUGCCACCACCGAGGCCAACAGCCCCGUCGAAACCAACGAUGCCGUUCAGUCUGUUGUCCCCAUUCCAACUCGCAUCUCCGUUCCAGCUUCUGCUGGCGCCGAGAGCACCGAGGCCGCCAUGUCAACCGAGACGGAAUCUCCAAACCAGCGCACCAGUGAGAUCACCAAUUCUUCCGGCACCGUGACUCGGCCAUCCCGUACUGGUGCCCCGGCCGUAACUAGCUCUGCCCUUGCGGCUGCAGCUGCUGAUAUAAAGGCCCUACCCGGCGUGGCUUGGGGGGCUCUUAUCCUCGCCGUGGCCAUGAUGCUUUAG